AAACUCUACAAGUUCAUUCUCAACCUUAUCUUCUUUAUCUUCAUUUUAGAUAUUUCUUUCACAUAGCAGAAACCUUGAGAAGAGUACCAUGGUGACCAAAAACUCAACUGAGUUUGAUCGUUAUGCCGAGCGCAAAGCUUUUGAUGAGACACAAGAAGGUGUCAAAGGGAUCGUAGACGCUAAAAUAACCCAAGUGCCUCGUAUCUUCCACCACCCUACUCAAGAUAUCUUACCCGACAAGAAUUCCUCUGUCUCUGUUUCAGACCUAGAGAUCCCUAUCAUCGACUUUGCAAGCGUUCAUGUGGAUACAACAUCAAGAGAAGCUGUCGUGGAACAAGUCAGAAACGCAGCACAGAAUUGGGGAUUCUUCCAAGUGGUGAAUCAUGGUGUUCCUUUAAACGUUCUUGAAGAGAUGAAAGAUGCAGUUCGUAGGUUUCACGAGGAUGAUCCUGAGGUCAAGAAAUUAUACUUCUCACGUGAUGCUAUCAAGAACAAGUUUGUUUACAAUAGUAAUUUCGAUCUAUACAGUUCUUCUUCGUCUGUUAACUGGAGAGAUUCUAUUACUUGUUACAUGGCUCCAGAUCCUCCAACUCCUGAGGAGCUCCCUGAUACUUGCAGGGAUGCUAUGUUUGAAUACUCAAAGCAUGUACUGAGUUUAGGUGGUUUGCUCUUUGAGCUUCUCUCAGAAGCAUUAGGUUUGAAAUCUGAGACCCUUAAGUGCAUGGAUUGCGUGAAGACAUUGCUUAUGCUCUGUCACUAUUACCCACCUUGUCCACAACCUGACCUAACUUUAGGGAUAAGCAAACAUUCAGAUAACUCCUUCCUCACGGUUCUUCUUCAAGACAACAUCGGUGGUCUUCAAAUUCUUCAUCAAGAUUCUUGGGUUGAUGUCUCUCCUCUUCCCGGAGCUCUUGUCAUCAACAUCGGAGAUUUCUUGCAGCUGAUAACGAACGAUAAGUUUGUAAGUGUGGAGCAUAGAGUUCUUGCAAAUAGGAAAGGACCAAGGGUUUCAGUAGCUAGCUUUUUCAGUUCAAGUAUACGUCCAAAUUCCAGGGUUUAUGGACCGAUGAAAGAGCUUGUGUCUGAAGAAAACCCUCCAAAGUACAGAGACACGACCAUAACAGAGUACUCAAAAGGAUUCUUUCAGAAAGGUCUCGAUGGAACAUCGCUUCUCUCAAAUUUCAGGAUAUGAAUAAUAAUAAUAAUAAUAAAUUAAAAAACUGUUUUUUACGUCUUUCUUUGGAUCAGUUUACACUAUUUCUGGAUCUGCAAUAAUAAGAAUCAAGACCAAUGGGUCUAAGAAAUAUAUACUGUGUGUGUGUCUAUGUAUGUAUAAAUGUACCAUAAAUCAGAAAUAAAUAGUGAGUAUGUGUGUGUGUCUAUGUAUGUGUGCAUAAAUUUACCAAAAAUAAGAAAUAAAUAGUGUGUGUGUCUAUGUA